CCCCCCUAUGGGGCUCUCCGCCCCACUUAAAGUGGGGAAAUUACUGGAACGCCCCCCUUUAAUAGAAUACGGAAGACACAUUUCCGUAUUGAAUACGGAAGUUUAAUAUCCGUAUUAUAUUAGUAUGUAAACCGGCAAGGGUUUAUUCAAACCCAUUUCAAACCCAUUUCCGUAUUUUGCCAAGCUCUUCUCCCCUCUUCAACCUUCGAUCUCUGUCGCUCCCCUUGCUUGAACCGUGUACUUGAAAGGUUCCAUCAUCUCCAUCAAAGCUCUUCACAACCCCAUUCUCAGAAUUGAAACCUAGAGUGAGAAUGAAGAACAGAAAGAGGUCUCAUGCUUCUAGUGAGGAUGUCGGGGCUACUGAGGAUAGACACCGGCGGUUACAUGCUUCUAGCCGGCGCGGCGAUCAUGCUGCAACCUCUCAGGCGGUGGAGGCUUCAGCUCCAGUUGUUUCUCCGCCGUCUCCCAUGAUUGAGGUUCCUCUGGUUGAUUAUCCGCCGUCUCCCACGGUUGAGAUACCUACAGUUGUUUCUCCGCCCUCUCCCAUGGUUGAGUCAUCAGGCGAGGAGUCCUCAGGCGAGGAGUCCUCAGGCGAGGAGUCUUCCGGCGAGGAGUCAUCAGGCGAUGCCUCAUCCGGCAUGGGAGGAUCUGACGAGGAUAGUAUUCCUCCGCCUACUGUUGAUGCUGAUGUCCUGCCGCCAGAGCAGGGGGAGCAGGGGGCACAGGGUGGCGAGGAGGACCUGAUCCAGAGGUUGCCGCCGUUUCCGGGGGGGCCUUCAUACACUCCAGUGCCCAAACGUAGUCAUCUGUGCCCUCAUUAACAAUGUAGCAAAAGGCUAUGGAGUAUGUCUUAUCUGUGGAAGUCAGUCCAACAAUCUCAAGCAAGGGAAUUGCAUAUUUGUUUGUCUUGUAUGUGCAAUCCAUAAUCACUACAUAUGGAAAUGUGUUGAACAGUUUGAUAGCAUUUGGAUGAGCCCAAAAUACAUCCCUAAUGACUUCCGAUCCAGGCUCAUGUCUUUCAAAGUGGACAUACUUGUCACCGUCCAACUUCUUCAACAAGUGUUGCAUUUC